AUUCAUACUUCAAUCUUCCUUUGAUUUCCUCUUUUCCCUCUUCCAAUUCCUUUUCGAUUUCAAAAUCCCCAAAUUGCUUUUUAAUCUGAAGAUUUCUGUCUUCUGUUUCAUCACGAAAUCUUAUACAUCAAUGCUGGAGAUUAAUGUUUCCAGUUAUUGGUGAAGUUUUCUCUUCAGGUUUUAUGGUCAAAUCAUUAUUCAGACGCAGGACCCAUCUUGUUCAAUCUUUCUCCGUCGUUUUCCUCUACUGGUUUUACGUUUUUUCAUGAAUCAAUCCUAUACAUAUCUAUCUGUUCAUCCAUCUGAUCUGGGUCUUGCGUCUUAAUCGAUUUUGUUUUGAGUUGUUUUUUUUUUUCCUUCUGUUUUUGUUGGUAAAAUAGUUUAUUACUUAGUCAAUUUCUAUCAUAUCCAUGGAUUCUUCAAGAGGGAAUUCAUGUGGGUCAACUCAGAUCCACAACUCUGGAUCCGAUGAGGAUUUGAUGGAUCAGAGAAAGAGGAAACGCAUGGAAUCAAAUCGGAAAUCGGCUCGGAGAUCAAGGAUGAGGAAACAGAAGCAUCUCGAUGAUCAAAUGGCUCGAAUCAACCAACUCAAGAACGAUAAUAGUCAGAUCUUCAUCACAAUGGAAGUCACCACACAGCAAUUUGUUCAAAUUGAAGCCCAGAAUUCUGUUUUGAGGGCUCAAAUCGGUGAGCUCAGCCAGAGGUUAGAUUCCCUUAAUGAAAUCAUCAAUUAUAUGAACAAUAACAAUAGCAGCAAUGAUUAUGCAACCAAUCAUUGCACAAAUGGUGUGAAUGGGAUGUACGAAUUUGAGCAGACUGAUUUCUUCAAUCAUCCAUGGAACAUGAUGCAUCUUAAUCAACAUCCAAUCAUGGCGUCUGCUAGUGAUGUGUUACAGUACUAGUCAUUAAUGCAUGAAGGAGUAUGGAUGAAGGGCUAAUGCAUUGUUGGAUUGUACCUUUUGGAUUGCUGAUACUUGAAUAUGUUUGAAUCAAAAAUUGUACCUUUUUG